AUGGAUCCAUCAAUCUACCUGCAAUACUCGCCGCCUAAUGGGCUACCUCAAGAGUCGAAACUGGCUACAUAUAUGAACCAUUCUACGGUUACCCCAACAAGGUCUUUAAAUCAAGCCAUGAGUAAGCUGAGCAUUGAAGCUUCUCCAACAUCAUCCAAAAAGCCAAUGCCUAUGACAAUAUCAGGCCAUGUCCCACAACAACAGCAGUUAAUCCCUCACCCGCAACCACCUCCGAUAAUGACUCAUAUUCCACCACCUCACUUGCCACCGCAGGCAUUGCUAGCUCAUCCACCACCACAGGUGCUGAUUGGAGAGUUCGUUCCAAUCAACUACUACACGCACACACCAUCGCACGCGCUGAUCCAGGAAUCGCCUCAGAGCUCCCCACCAACUCCUAUGCCGAUGCCGAUGCCUGUCACCACUCAGGUGCACCAGGAGAACGUGGGUGGGACAACUUAUUUCUAUUCAACAAAUGCUGACUCUCUGAAUGCCUCUGCAGUCAUGAACACUCCAGCGGCAAUGGGUCCCGAUGUGAUGGGAGUGGGGGUACCAGUUGCCAGCCCUUACGCAUCACAAAUGUACGCUGGACCCACAUCCCACGCUAGCGCAAACCACAAGUCAGGUCUGGCGCAGGCUUUCUACAUGCCGGAAACGAUUCGCGAGGAGAUCUAUCAACGAGCUCAAGAUGUCUUCCUACAGCAUGACCCGAUGGCUUAUCCAGAUAUUCCAGAGGUGGUAGACCGUUAUGCUGAGUUGGUACCGCUUGAGGCGACGGGGGCGCACGCUCUGGCGACCUCGUACCGCGCCACUCACCGCCGGCGAGCAGACCACGUGGCGCUCCGGAGACUACACGCGUGCGUCGGCGCCGCAGCCCCCGGCAGGGUCGAUAUGUGGAAACAACUCGAUCAUCCAAAUAUAGUCAGGCUCCAACAGUGCUUUACUACUAAAGCUUUUGGAGAUCACUCACUGGUGUUGGUGUACGACUAUCACCCAGCAUGUAUCACGAUGCUGAACAAAUACUUGGGUGGUGCUGGCGGUGAUGUGAACGGAUUCAUGGAUCCCUUCUCUUCAGAUCCAGAUGCACCCAGACCCUAUACACAUCAGAAAAAUGCGAUGUUACGAGCGGUCGCGACUGGCCAGCUGUUGCCUGAAGCCAUGUUGUGGAGUAUGUUGGUGCAAUUGACAUCCGCACUGAGAGCUAUACACUCACACGGGCUUGCUUGCAGGACCCUUGAGCCAAGUAAGGUGAUUGUGAACGGGUGUCGUCUUCGUAUCUCGUGGCCGGGUAUAGCGGACGCCAUGCACAAUGGCAGCUUCGAUGUUAUACAGGCUCAGCAAGAGGAUCUAGUGGCUCUUGGCCGUCUGAUUCUAUCUUUGGCGUGUCGCACCGUACACUGCGAUAAUAUAAACGCCUGCAUGGAUCUCGUAGCAAGAACAUACUCGAUGGAUCUCAAGAAUAUGCUCAUGUAUUUGCUGACACCGUCUCCGAACGUUCGUCGCACCAUCACCGACAUCAUGCCUAUGAUCGGUGCUCGUUUCUUCACACAGGUGGAAGCGCUAGAGCGGCGCUCGGACGCCUUCGAAGAGCAAUUAGUGAAUGAAAUAGACAAUGGUCGACUACUGCGUAUUCUUAUCAAGCUUGGAAUUAUAAACGAACGUCCAGAGCUGAACAUGGAUACGAGUUGGUCGGAGACUGGGGAUCGAUAUAUGUUGAAACUGUUCCGGGACCAUAUCUUCCACUCGGUGACCCCGGAUGGCCGGCCCUGGUUGGACAGGGCCCACGUGGCCGCCGCCCUCAACAACCUGGAUGGAGGGAACCUCGACAAGGUGGAGCUGAUGUCGCGGGACGAGCAGAGCGUGCUGGUCGUUUCGUACGCUGAGCUGAAGCACUGUCUGGAGAACGCUUACGAGGAGGUGAUGGCCGCCGCGGCCGGUCCCUAG